GCGCCUGUACGGUAUGUCGACGGACUUGAAGUUUAAGAAUGAAACUACUAGCUGAUGUGAAAUUAUUGAGCGAACAUGGUUUUACUUAACUGAUUUUGAAUAGCAGGAACAUGUUGACAGAGAGAACUGAACUUGAAGUUUAUGACACCGAGCCAAAGCAUGGUUGGCGUUUAUUGUCUUGGAAUCCAGUUCUUUGACAGAAUACUUGUGUUUUCUUCUGGGAUAAGAGAGGUAGUGCAUAAAGUACAAAGGCUAAGAAACGUUACGUAGGAAAGACUGCAUUACUUCAGGAUACUUCAGCGAUGACUGAUGGUAAGAACUUCGAUGUUGAGGCAUAUCGCCAACCUUGGGAAAGCGAUGAACACUGGGUUAUGAGACGAGAAUUUCUUUCGACCCAUUCUGAUAAAUUACCCUUGUCUAGACUUCUGUGUUUGGCUCAGGUGUUUGUAAAUGUUGAGCUACUGGGCUGCAGAUAUCCUGCUCCAGUUAUGAGACAGGUAGCUGAACUUUCUAAGGAAAUUAACAGUGCAAAAGAGUUGAAGGACAAACGGCAAGAACGAACACAGAUUCAUUUUGUCAUGGCAGAUGAAGCCAAGAGGUCACAACCUGUUAAAGGAGAUAAGCGAAAGUAUUCAUCUGUGAUGACAACAAGUGAUGAAAACAAAACAAGAAAAAGACUAGAAAAAUACAAUUCAAGUUUUCUUCCAUCAGGAUCUUUAGGCACGAUAAACUCUUCAUUUGUCCAUGACUUUGUCAAGCAUUCUUCCAACAAGGACAAAAAUGUGAGUGGGGAGUGUGGUUUUAAGACCUCUGAUUCCUCCAAAGCGAUGAUUGUUGAAUGUGUUCCACCAGCUGACAGAAAUUCAUUCCUGUAUUCUUCACAAAAGGAUAAAACUGAUCUUCAUAAAAAUGGUAAUCUCUCUAAAAACAAACUAGGAGAAGAAAGACAGUCAUGCUUACUAAGUUCAAAAUCUAAUAACAAAAAUAACAAAUCACCUGUUCCAGGGCCUUCUCCAUUAGAACAAAAGUUCUACCAGCUGGCUGCUAUUGUUAAGAACGAGGUUACACACCAACCCAAUGCAUUACAAGUUAUUCAAGUUAGUGUUAGCAAGUUACAUUUGAACUCUAUUUGGGUUUUUGAUGAAGUUCCUGGUCAGAAUCAAGGAAGUCCCAAAUACUCGUGUUGUCUGUACAUAGAAAAUGUUUUAGUUGGAAACGGUGAGGGGAAAAAUAAGAAAUUAGCAAAAUCAAAAGCAUAUGACAAUGCUGUUGAGAAACUUCAAAAUCCCAGGUUUCAGGUCUUGUCUACUGAUAACAAAGGACAAGUAAUACUAAAACUUUUAGCUUCAAGCUUCUCUCCAAGUUCAGCGGAACAAUCUUUUGUGUAUUCUUCAGACCUAAACAUUUCUCAGUCUGGUGGAAUUUAUAACAUGCUAAAACAAUCCAGUCGACAUCCUGGAACCUACCUGGAUGAUUUUAUUGUUAUCGAUGACCUGGAUAUUAACAGAAGUGCUAAUGAAAUUACAGUUCUUAUGAAUACGGCAUCUUUUAAUCGUAUUAACAUCUCUUUCAACUUUUCUACAGCUCAUAACACAGUGGAACAUUGUAUAAGGUGAGUUGUGAUGGAUGAUAAUUAAAUUGAACAAUUUUUAACAACAGCAAAAUUGACCUUAGGCUUAUACAACAGCCAUUGUUUUGAUAUUUAAAAAAACUGUAUUUCCUAUGCUAACAUAGGAUUCACACUUACUGUCUGUAAAAAAUGCACCCAUUCUGACCAUAUGUACAUGUUUGAUGAUUAUUGUGAGGGAUUGUAAAAACCGUUUUUGAAUAAUAAAAGGGUACACUUAUGUCAUGAAACAACAUUAACCCUCUCAAAUUAGGUGAA